AUGGCACAUGUGAGAAGCUUCGUCCCGUCUCUCGACGCCGUCAGAGAGCUCCUCAACAAGCCCGUCAAGGGCGGCGCAAAGAAGCCCACGCUCGUUCCCGUCUAUCGCCAAAUCAGCUCCGACCUCAUCACCCCCUCCGCCGCGUACCUCAAGGUCUCGGCACACGCCAAAUCCACCGCCUCCGCCUCCUCCACAUACUCGUUCCUCUUCGAAUCGGCCGCCACCGAGCAGGUCGGCCGGUACAGCUUCGUCGGCGCCAACCCGCGCAAGAUCCUCACCACCGGCCCUCUACACGGCGACCAGAAGGAUCCGCUGCCGGCCCUGGAGGAGGAGCUGGCCGCCCAUGUCGUCGCACACGUCCCGGGGCUGAGGCUGCCUCCCAUGGCGGGAGGAGCCGUUGGCUACGUUGGCUACGACUGCGUGCGAUACUUUGAGCCCAAGACCGCGCGGCCGAUGGAGGACGUCUUGAAGAUCCCCGAGUCUCUCUUCAUGCUGUACGACACAAUCGUGGCCUUUGACAAGUUUUACGGCAUCAUCAAGGUCAUCAGCUACGUCAAGGUUCCGGCGGAUGGACAGACGGGCCUAGAAGCGGCGUACGACGACGCAAAGAAGACAAUCGACGAGCUGAUAAACGUCCUCAACAGCCCCGAGAUUCCCCUGCCAGAGCAGGGCCCCAUCACGCUGGGCCAGGAGUACAAGUCCAACAUUGGCCGCGAAGGCUACGAGGGCCAUGUCACCAAGCUAAAAGAGCACAUCGUCAUCGGCGACAUCAUCCAGGCCGUCCCCUCGCAGCGCUUCGCCCGCCCUACCAACCUCCACCCCUUCAACAUCUACCGACACCUGCGGACCGUCAACCCGUCGCCGUACAUGUUCUACAUUGACUGCCAGGACUUCCAGAUCGUCGGCGCCUCACCCGAGCUGCUGGUCAAGUCGGAGGCCGGCCGGAUAAUCACCCACCCCAUUGCCGGAACCGUCAAGCGAGGACCAACGCCAGAGGACGACGAGCGCCUGGCCAACGAGCUGCGCAACUCGCUCAAGGACCGCGCCGAGCACGUCAUGCUCGUCGACCUCGCCCGCAACGACGUCAACCGCGUGGGCGACCCCUUCACCGUCCGCGUCGACCGCCUCAUGGUCGUCGAAAAGUUCAGCCACGUCCAGCAUCUCGUCUCCCAGGUCUCCGGCGUCCUGCGCCCAGGCCAGACCCGGUUCGACGCCUUCCGGUCCAUCUUCCCCGCCGGCACCGUCUCCGGCGCGCCAAAGGUCAAGGCCAUGGAGCUCAUCGCCGAGCUGGAGAAGGAGAAGCGCGGCGUGUAUGCCGGCGCGGUGGGAUACUUUGGCUACGGCGGAGUGGACGAGAACGGCCAAGACGUCGAGGGUGCCAUGGACACUUGCAUCGCUCUGCGGACCAUGAUGGUCAAGGAGGGCGUGGCGUAUCUCCAAGCAGGUGGCGGUAUCGUAUUCGACUCAGAUGAAUAUGAAGAGUGGCAAGAAACCAUUAACAAGCUGGGCGCCAACAUGCAGUGCAUCGUCCAGGCCGAGGAGAUAUAUUACGAUCAGCAACAAGGCGCAAAGAUGGCAUGA